AUGAAAUUCAUAAAAGUUUUCCUCUUAUUUGUAACCAUUGUGGUUGCAGCUCAUUGGAGUAAAGAAGAUUACGAAAUUUUCAGUUUGAAUGAUAAACUUCAACAAGAUUUAGGUCAUGAUAUUACUUUUUAUAAAUGGUUAGGAUUAGAAAAAGGUCCAAAAUCAAAUUUACAAGAAAUCACCAAAGCCUAUAGAAAAUUAUCAAGAAAAUUACAUCCAGAUAAAUUUGCCUCAGCGAGUCGAUCUGAUAAAAAGAAAGCUAAUGAAAGAUUUCAAAGAUUAUCAUUAGUAGGAAAUAUAUUAAAAGAUCAAUCUUUGAAAAGAAGAUACGAUUAUUUUUAUACCAAAGGUUUCCCUAAAUGGAAAGGUACCGGAUAUUAUUAUUCUAAAUUUCGUCCAGGGGUUAUAUUCACUUUAAUUAUUCUUUAUGUGUUAGUUGGGUUUUUGCAUUUUUUCUCUCUUAAAAUUAAUAGAAAACAAGCAUUUAAAAGAAUAGUUGAUUUGAAAAAUGAAGUGAAAAAUCAAGCUUGGGGUGGAUUACAAUUCCCACCUGGUGAUGGUUCUGAUCGUAAACUUUCAAAUGAGGCUACCGGAAAAGUUUUUUUGGUUAAAGCUGAUGGUACGGUUUGGUUAGUUGAAAAUGAUGGCGAACAACAUUUAAUUGAUGAAUAUGAUGUUAAUGUCAAUCCUGGUUUUAAAGAAUCAUUAUUUUUCAAAAUCCCCGUUAAAAUUUGGAAUUUGAUAUUAGGUAAAUGGGUUCCAAUUGAUACUUCGGUUGAAUAUAAGAAACAAGAAACAUCACCUCAAGAAGACGACACUAAGAAGAAAGUACAGAAAAAGAAAAGUAAAGGUAAAAAAGUUGAAUUGCCGAAUGGGAAAGUUGUAUACAGUAGAAAGAAAUGA